UUUUAUGCAACAAUUCAUCAACACCAAUCUUAAAAGAACCUGCUUUCAUCAAUAUGCAGAUUACUAAAACAAGAUCAAGAUCCCAAGUAGUGAGCCGAAGGGCUUGGCAGAUACUCCGGUUAGCAUUGUUAUGGGCUAGAAAAGGUGGAGUCUUUGUGGUGAAGAAAAGGCUCAUGCAUGAUUUGUCUCAUUUUGUCAAGAGCCAUGGUCAAUCUAAAAAAGGCAAUGGUGCACUCCAAUAUGGUGACAGGCAGCUAUCAUUUGAUGCAACUCCUAUCAUCCAUGUUAGGAUGCACCGCCCCAACUCCAUGCGCUUCCGCUUGCCUCACAUCCCCUGCAUUAACCCGCACGUUGAUUGUUCGGAUAUGUUUGAGUUUGAUGAUGAUAGUGUCCGGUACUCAUGUUGUGAAGCCAGAAAGAGUUUCUUGAUUGGUAAUGGUGAAGACUACAAUGAAGAAGAUGAUGAUGAAUAUGACCAAAUGUGUGAAGAACAAGAAAUGGGAAUUGAUGUCAAGGCUGAGGAGUUUAUAGCCAACUUCUAUGAGCAGCUUAAGCUUCAAAGGCAACUCAACACAAGAAGAAUCCACUAAUAUCAUAAAAUCCUUGAAGGCCGUCUGGCUAGAACAAGUUGCGAUCACCAGCUGGUUAGCAGGGUAUUGACACGACCAGUUUUACAAACCGCCUAAUAGCAUUUCCAGUUUCACCUUCACAAUUUUCGCACUUUGUUCUGUCUCACUUGAAUUCUUUUAUUUUUUUGUAUUUACUUUUAAUUUUUUUUCGCAAGAGGCGUUUGGGAUUGAUGUAAA